CUGAGUGUUUUUUCCCCCCAUUUUUUGCUGAAUUCCUGUGAAUUUCAGGGAGAUUCCUGUUCCUUCCGGCACUGCGAGGCCGCCCUGGGCAGCGAGACCGUGUGCACGCUGUGGCAGGAGGGCCGCUGCUUCAGGAAUGUCUGCAGGUUCAGGCACAUGGAAAUCGAUAAAAAGCGGAGUGAGAUCGCCUGUUACUGGGAGAACCAGCCUGGGGGCUGCCAGAAGCACAACUGUGCAUUCCACCACACCAAGGGCAGAUACGUGGAUGGGCUCUUCCUUCCCCCCAGCAAAA